UAAAUAACCCCACAUGGUUCAUUCCAGUCCGACACUUCAAAACGCCGGAUUUUAAAGUCAAUCUAAGAAGUAAUCUAAUUCGUUUAUUUACACAACAUGGGGAAGAACAAAAAUAAGAAGGGAAAGGGAGCUGAGAAGACUGCUGCGAAAACAGAAAAGAAGUUGUCCAAGAAGCAGAAAAAGGACCUGGCUGAUUUAGGAGAGGACGAUGUUGAGCAAAUUGUGGCGAAAUGCGAAAUGGAGGAGAAAAAGAAACAGACUGUCGCCGAGGUUGCCAUCGAAAGACCGGCCAAAAGAUCCAGUUUUGCUUUUGUAGCUCACCCUGAAAAAGACGAGCUCUUUCUCUUUGGCGGAGAAUUUUUCAACGGGCAAAAGACGGCAAUGUACAAUGACAUUGUAGCCUACAACCUGAACAAAGGAACCUGGACGAGCCUGGUUGUGCCCAAAGGCCCUGCCCCCAGGAGUGGACACCAGAUGGUUGCAGUUCCAGGAGGGAAAGGGGGCCAGCUGUGGCUCUUUGGAGGAGAGUUUGCCAGUCCCAGCCUGUCACAGUUUUACCAUUACAAUGACCUCUGGGUCUAUCAAAUCGGCGAGAAGAGCUGGCAGAAAAUCAACUGUCCUGGAGGUCCAUCUGCUCGGAGCGGACACAGAAUGGUCCUGCACAAGAGGCAGCUCAUUUUGUUCGGUGGCUACCACGAUAAUAAUAUCAACUUUAAGUACUUUAAUGAUGUUUACGCUUUCGACCUGAAAGACUACAAAUGGCGCAAACUGGAGCCUGCAGGCAUUCCUCCUGCACCGAGGUCAGCAUGCUUAAUGGCGGUUGCUCCGAGUGGAAAAAUCCUGGUCUGUGGAGGCUACAGCAAAACGAAGGUUAAGAAAGAUGUGGAUAAGGGACACACGCAUGCAGAUUCCUUUUUCCUGACUCCUGAGAAGGGAGACGAAACAGGAACAAAGUGGAAAUGGGUUUCUGCGAAGUGCGGCGGUGCUUCCCCUCUCCCUCGAGGAGGAAUGGCUCUCACCCCCUUGACUGGUGGCAAAGCAUUUGCAUUUGGAGGAGUGAGGGAUGAAGAGGGCGAGGAGGACCUGUCCGGCACAUUCCUCAACGACUCUUACUUCGUCGAUUUGGAGACGAAUGUCUGGAGAUACGUUUCACUCUCUGGAAAGAAAGACCCAAGUAAAAAGUCGAGGAGGAGGAGAAAGGACAGCGGUGAUGCUGACGACAUGGACGAUGAAGGAGAGCAGAUGGAGGAAGAGCCGCAGUCCGUGGUGACCAGCAACGACGGCAUUUUCAAAGUGACCAUCGGCCCGAGUCCAGCAGCGUCCGCCUUUGGUGGUAGCAACGCCUCAGGGGGAUCGGCUUCUUUUGCUUUCUGUCCUCCAACCAGAAUGUCCGCAGGCCUGGCGUUCAAGCACGGAAAGGCCUAUUUAUUCGGCGGACAGUUUGAGGAAGGAGAUCGGCAACUCACUUUUUGCGACUUGUACAGUUUAGAUGUUCAUAAAAUGGACGAGUGGCAAACUGUCCUGCCGAAUGAGGUGUCGCCAGAUGAUUGGCUUGAUUCAGGCAGCUCAUCUGAUGAUGAUGAUGACUCUGAAGAUGAUGAUGAAGGGGAAGAUAGCGAGGAAUCACCAAUGGAUACCGAUUAGGAUUUUUUAUUUUUUAAUAAAUUGGAAAUAUAAAACAUCAAAUUUAUUUUCUCAAA